AUUGAUAAUCACAUCAAAGACAAAGCCAUAAUCUUAAGAAGAAAAAAAAAACAAACAUGGAGGUGAGUAUUCAAUCUCAAUCCACUGUCCUUCCCUCCAAACCAACCCCUAAUCCAAAACUCUUCUCAUUAUGUGAACAAAUCAAGCUUCCUACUCAUGUUCCUCUAAUCUGCGUAUACAACUCACGAAAGCAUAAAAACACAUCAACUUUGUUUGAAACACUUAGAAACUCUCUUAGCCAAGUUUUGGUUAUUUACUAUCCACUAGCUGGAAGAUUGAAUUGGAUCAAAGGUGGAAGAUGGGAACUUAACUGCAACGCCAAAGGAGCAAUUCUAUUAGAAGCUAAAUGUGAAACUAACUUGAAAGAUUUGGGUGAUUUUGUGCCGAAUAAUUUGGUGUCACAACUCAUACCAAGUAUUAAUUACAAUCUUCCCAUGGAAGAUAUUCCCUUAUUAGCAGUGCAACUAACGAGUUUCCGAUGUGGCGGUUUUACGUUAGGCAUUGCCUUGUGUCGUGCAGUAAUGGACGGAACGGCAAACACAUGUUUCAUGAAUACAUGGGCUAAGUUGGCGCGUGGGGAGAGUUUGAAUGAAAUAGAGUUGCCUUAUCACGACCGAACUUUGUUAAAUUCACAAAAACUCACGAAUUCGUCUAUGUUUUUCAGGCAUUGUGAGUUUGAGGAGUCUCCUGUCUGGACGGGUUCUGAAUUGGGAGACACCGGAGAAGUUAGUGUUGCUAUUGUGAAACUCACACGAGAGCAAGUUUUCAAACUCAAGAAAAAAGUUCACUCUCACGUGAGUUUCCAACCUACCUUCAAAGAUGUUUGUGCUUUAAAACCUUAUUCAACUUUUGAGGUUAUUGCAGGACAUCUUUGGAGGUGUGUUAGUCAAGCACGUUACAUUGAAAAUAAUGAUCAACUCACGAGGUUGACAACGUUAGUUGAUAGUAGAAACCGAUUAAAACCUCCGCUUCCUAUUUACUAUGCUGGGAAUGCAGCAUUUCCAACUGUGACAUCGACGCGGUCCUUUAAUGAUGUUAUUUCCCGGCCAUUGGGUAAUGUUGUUGAGGAUGUUAGGAAAGCAGUUGAUAGGGUGACUGGAGAGUAUGUAAUGUCGGCACUUGGUUAUAUAGAUAGGGAGAAUGACAUGAAUUUGCUAAGGUAUAAUAUUUUUCAAUACCCUACAAAGAGUGUACAUGAGGGUAAAUUUUUGAGAAAUCCUAAUCUUUUUGUUGUAAGUUGGAUGAAUUUUUCGCAUAAGGGUGUAGAUUUUGGGUGGGGAGGACCUGGUUAUUUUGGGCCCGGGCAUAUGGAUUCUAAAGGGAAGGCCUUUGUUAUGAAUAAUGGUUAUGGAGAUGGCAUUGUGGUGGCGAUUUCUUUGGAGGCAUCUUGUAUGGAUAAUUUUAACAAGUUUUUUUAUGGUGACAUUGAUGAGCUUUGUGCUUCCAAAUUAUGAAAGGCGUGGUACCAAAGUUUGGUAUUGAAUUUUUUUGUUGAUCCUUCGUCAAAUAGAGGUCUAAUGUUGCGGAUGGUGAGUGUUGUGUGAGCUGUAUUAGUUUUUGGGUUAAGGAUUUGUAUAUUUCCCAUUUAACUUUUUGUCUUUCUUGUGCUUUGUAACACUGAUAAAGUACAUUUUGUGUGCUUUCUAUUGUAGGUUUUAUAUUCAUGAGUGUAAAUCUCUUGAAAAUCUUCAUAGAAGUUUUAUAUCCAUGUAAAAAUAUGUUUUUCUUUUGUUUUGUUCAUAUAUAUGACACAGUCGAAAUCUC